UUGGAUAAUUUCCCAAUCAUUAAAAAUAAUGUAUGUGCCUGUCGUUAACAUAAUAUUUCAAUAAAAUCUUAGUUUCGAUAUUAGAUUAGUAUUUCCCGCUUAAUGAUUAUUUUAAAGAAUAUGUAGAUUAGUUUUAUACACAAUGUUAUUAGAGAUUAGAUACACGACUUAGGUUUUUAUUCAUAAAAUUUUACAAAGAUGGGUAUGACGGAUAAAUACAUUGUAUAUAGUAUUUUAGCAAUUUUUAUUAACCAAACUGCGAGCUUGAACGUAACCAUAACAUCAAGAACAGUUACAUCUUAUUUGGAACAGUAUAAGUCCUAUAAAGAUAUAAUAAUGAUACAUUUAAAAAUUCCUCAAAAUACACUGUUCGCAUCUUUCAAGUUUACUGCAGAUGAAACAAGAAUGUCCAUCUUCCCUUGCAAGACUAGAAAUGUUUCUUUAUAUAUGAAAUAUGGUGCUCCUCCAGUUGUUAACCCUGAUGGUUCCCCUUUUCCUAAGGCUUUUAAAAAUGUUACAAGAUACCCUACCUACAAUACUGAAAUACAAACAAAUAAAAAAGAAAAAUUUAUCAAUAUCACUUCACCAGAUCCUGGUUCAUAUUAUGUAAUUGCUUUUCUAGCAUAUCAGGAUCCUAAAUAUAAUGCAAUCAGCCAACAAGGUUUACGUGCGGACUGUUACUCUAAUGUAGAAGCCUCGCUUUUUGUUAAUAAAAUUGACAAUCCAUUGAUUGUAACACAUGAGAGUAUGUCCCAGCUGAUUGCUCAUCCCAGUGAAAGUCGAUAUUUCAAAUUUUAUGUACCUAGCCCCAAUGAUCAAGGAAUACUCUACAUUCAGAAUAUAAUUUUCCCAGACAAUGUUAACAAAUUGCUGGUUAGACUUGAGGUUAAUAAACCUCCAUCUGAAGAGGUUCACCAUAAACAAGAAAUAAUUUAUUCCAACACAACUCAUAGCAGAGUAUUCUUUUCCACAAGUUCUGAUUCAUGGCACUACAUUGAAUAUAAAUUUGAAGGAGAAAAUGAUGAGACUACCAGUGGCAACUUUACAUUCCAGAUCAAAUUUAUUUCUAAUGAACUUCCAGAAGAAUCUACUUACUAUGAAUCUUUGCAAAAUGAAACAUACUUCAACAAUUCAUUCUCAAAAACCUUUCAUAAUUAUAGAAUAACUGAUUUGGUUCCAUACAAACAGUAUGAACUUAUUCGUGAGGCAACUUCAGAAACAUUUUUAUUCUCUUUCGAAUUAGAACAAGAACUGGAAUCCAAAGUAGCAAUUCCAAUAAAUAUGACUAGUUCACAUUUUUCUUUAAUGACAUUCAAGAUCCGAGAAGGAACAGAUGUUGGUGGGACCUUACAAUUUAUUUUAGCUUUUAAACCAAGAACUUUGAAAAAUAAAAAAUUUGGAUUCAUAAAUGAGCCUGAAAACCAUGUGGUCGUGGCUUGUAUAAGAAGAGGAGGUAUAGAAGUACCCACAUGGCCUAAUAAGUGUAUUUAUAACAGUAUGGAAAGUUCAUCACAACUUAUUUUAAAUAAAACGACUGAAAAUUCUACUAUUCUCAUACCAUACCCAGAGAGCGGUAUUUGGUAUGCCACAUUUAAACUUUUUUGUGGUGAAUGUGUGCCUUGUAGAUGUCCUGAAUCCUGCCAAAAACAGUAUGAACAAUGCGUCAUUGAUUGUGAACUCUCCUGUCCAGAAUCUGAAGAUUGCAAAAAAUGUACUACAAAUUGUAGCAAUUAUAUUAUAGAGAUAUACGAAUGCAAAGGCUGUGAUUGUGAAGGGCCUUGCUUAAAAGAUAAAAACUCCACUUGCAACACCAGUCUUAUUUUUGAUAUUGGGUCGCAUGCUUGUAUUUUUGGGCAAUGUUCAAGAAAUGGAAGGUGUAUAUUUGUAGUUUCUGAUGGAGUGGUAUUUUCUACUUGUUCCUGCAUGAAUAAAUAUAGAGGUUGGGAUUGUUCUGAUAAUACUCAAGCUACUCCAUACUAUAUGGUAGUAAUAGAAUUAUUAUUACUGGUAUUCAGCAACCUGAUGUUCCUGCCUGCAGUUUAUGUUGCAUUUAAAAGAAAGUAUUACAUUGAAGGUGUAACUUAUUUUUUUACAUGUUUCUUUUCUACAUUUUACCAUGCUUGUGAUGCUGGUGAAAAUUUGCUGAAUUUCUGCCUGGUACGCCUUUCAGCUUUACAGUUUGGCGACUUUUUUUGUGCCAUAUUAGCCAUAUGGGUAACACUUUUAGCUAUAGCAGAUUUACCUCAAUUGUUCACUUCUAUGUGUCACAUGGUAGGAGCGAUCAUUUUAGCGUUUUGUACUACAAUUAACAAAACUUCUUUAUGGGUCUUUGCUCUACCAGUUUUUACGGGUUUAAUAAUUAUAGCAAUUAGUUGGUUUAUGAAAUAUCGUAAAGUUGAACAAAGAUUCGCCAAUAGACGGUAUUUGUUCUAUCAAAUACCAAUAGGGGUGACUUUAGUAGUAGUAGGUUUAGUUUGUUACGCGUUUUUACAAACAGAAGACAAUUAUAAAUAUUUACAUAGUUUUUGGCAUAUUCUUAUGGCUGUGGCCUUAAUAAUAAUAUUACCAAAGCCAAAUACAUUCCUCCCUGAAGUUAUUCUCUAAAAGUCAGUUGUUGCUUGUUUAACUUCUAUAUUCAAUAAUCCUGGCUUGUUAAAUUAAUUAUAAAUUAUAUUUAUAUUUAUCUUUUUACAUGAAUAUUUCUUGAAAAGGUAGCAGUUUAGACACUUGUGCACCUACUUUCUUUUCUACUUACUUGAAAAUAACCGUGAUUAUUUUCUCCAAUAAUUAGUGUAAAUAUUACCUUUAAUAGUGUAAUUUGCCAAAAAAUUCCCCUCUGCGUCCAGGACUCGUCCAUCCUUAUAGAUUAAAUUAAAAAAGUCAAAACUCAGUAGAGCUAAUAUAUCUUUAAACGUGAAUUUUUUAUAAUUUUGUAACAGUGGAUCUCCUUGUUGUAAUUCAAUUCUACCUAUUUAUUUAUAGAUACCUGAAAUGUUCAUUAAGUUGCAAACUUUGUCUUUGUUAGUUUUUUAUGAUAUUUAGAGUAUUUGGCAGAUGUCAGCAGUUGUAUAAAUAAUAGUUCAAAAACCUUUCAGAAUCUAUGUAGACAAAGGGUGUGUUAUGAAUGUAAUAUAAUUAGUCGCAUUCAGUGGACAUAACACUAUUUAUUUAUAGAUACCUGAAAUGUUCAUUAAGUUGCAAACUUUAUCUUUGUUAGUUUUUAUUAUUAAUCUCUAUUGGAAAUUACUUAGAUACUCGGUUUUGAAUUUCCCAGAGAUUUAAUUUGGCAUUUUUUUGUUUUCUUAUUAAUUAUUCUUAUAUUUAUUUCAAAGCUUCUGUUAUUGUAGUAUUUUUAUAGU